UAACGGUAGGCCACCCUACGCAUAGCUGGAAACUGGAAAACCAUUCGCUGGGUCUGUUCGCCACACACAGACACCCGUUCCGAAACGUUACCGUUACAAAGGCCGACUAUCACGGGUGGUGACUGCUUUUUCCGUCUACGUUGAUGUCGCUUCUUCCUCGGUAGAGAGUCGUUAUUUUUCUUAUAUUGAAUCGAGAGCUUAUCGGAAGACAAGAUGGCAGAGAUGGGGAUGGGGAAGGGGGUUACUGCGGGGAAACUUGCCAGUAACGUGCAGAAAAAAUUAACACGGGCCCAAGAGAAGGUAAUGCAGAAGUUGGGUAAAGCAGAUGAGACCAGAGAUGUUGCAUUUGAGGAAGGAGUGAUCAACUUCAACAAGCAAUAUACAGAGGGAUACAAACUGCAAAAAGACCUUCGAGCCUACCUGGCUGCAGUACAAACGAUGCACGAAUCCUCCAAGAACCUCCAGGAGUGUCUGUCUGACAUGUACGAGCCGGAGUGGUACGGCAAAGAUGACUUGGACUCCAUCGUUGAGGACACUGAUGUUCUGUGGACCGACUUCCAUCAGAAGCUGGUGGAUAAUGCUUUGAUAUCUAUGGACACGUAUCUCGGACAGUUCCCUGAUAUUAAGUCUCGUAUUGCGAAGCGUGACAGGAAGCUUGUGGACUACGACAGCGCCAGACACAACCACUCUUCUACCAAUAAGGGGAAGAAAGGAAAGGACGGGGGCAUCAAGAUCACCAAGCCAGCAUCUCUGUUGGAAAGGGCCACACCAGUUUGGGCUCAGGGCAUCCUGUCAGCCCACAACAUUGCUCAGAGUAACCUCUCCAGGAACCAGGCGGAGGACGAGUUGGAGAGAGCUCAGAAGGUGUUCGAGGAGAUUAAUGAAGAUCUGCAGGAGGAACUGCCCUCACUAUGGAACAGUCGAGUUGGCUUCUACAUUAGCACCUUCCAGAGUAUGUCUGGCUUUGAGGAGAAGUUCCACAAGGAGAUGGGGAAGCUCGACCAGAAUCUGUACGAUAUUCUUGUCAAACUGGAGAAACAGGACAUGUCUGGUGAGCUCCCCAGAGGAGCAGAUCCAGCCAAUCACACUCUGAGUCCAGGCGGACCGCCACCCAUCCCUAAGUCCCCCUCUAAGCUGAGACCAGUGAUGCCACCGCGGCCUGAAUCCAGCCCCUGUCGGGACAUGAAACCAGAAAACAUCAUUAACCUGUUUGAUGCUGCUGCUGCUCCUAACAUCAGUGUUACGUCCCCAACACAGUUUGACAACCUGUUGGACAUGGACCUGUCCAUCCUGGCUGCGCCAAGUCAUGGUGGCACAGCCGUGUCCUCGGCCUCUCAGGCGGUAUCAUGGGACACAUGGGAGCCUGAGGAAACUCCUGCUCCACCAGAGGAGCCCCAGGGCUGGGAUGAUGACGGUACCCUGCCGGUGCGUGCUGGUGGCUGGGAUGAUGGCGGUACCCUGCCGGUGCGUGCUGCUGGCUGUGGGGAUGACGGUAUAGCUGCCAACACAGCAGGCUGGGAUGACGAUGGCUCUCUGCCUGUGAGGGUGGAUGACUCCUGGGGGGAUGAUGGUGUUGCUGAUGCUACAUCCGUAGCCCCAGCCACUGCUUCCGCUGCCGUGGCCGAGUCAGAGGCUGCUGGCUGGGAUGAUGAUGAGGAGGGGGUGCCCCAGGCUGACACACUUACGACUCCUGCAGCCCCUACACCUGCAGCCCCUACAGCUGCAGCCCCUACACCUGCAGCCGCAGCACUAGAAGAGACCCCUGUUGUGGCAGCAGCAGCAACCAACGGGGAUUCAGAGGUGGUAGAAAUGCCUCCAGGAUUCCUCUUCAAAGUGACCACCAUGCAUGACUAUGCCGCUAAUGACUCGGAUGAGCUGGAGAUGAAGGCUGGAGACAUCGUGCUGGUUGUGGCCUUCGACAACCCAGAAGAACAGGACGAGGGCUGGCUGAUGGGGAUGAAGCAGGAAGACUGGAUCCAGAAUAAACAGAGCUCGCUCAAAGGGGUGUUCCCCGAGAACUUCACCUCCAGGCUGUGAGAGAGGAGACGCCAUAUUUAUUCUCCUCUGACUUCUCUCUCGUCCACAAGAUCCUUUAUGAUCUCCUCUCCUCUCCUCUUGUCUUCUCUUCUUUUCUCUGUCUCUCUCUGACCCAAUUCCCUGUGCCAUCCUCCCUUCCCUUUCCUAACCUCUGGGUUUGUGCCAGCGUGAUACUGUAGGUAUCGGCAUGAGAAACAGCACUGCAUCGUCAGCUGUCUCUUCUGUAUCCAUGUCUAGCAUGGUGUACAUGCUGGUAAA